AUGGCCAACCGACGUUUGGCUGUUUUCCGUCUCUUUCAGCAAAGGCGACCCGCAGAGGGUGCCACCAUCAGAGUUCGGGUCGCAGACGAGCGAGCUGCACAGGCCUGGGGUUUCUGGAAGCGAUGGACAACGGGCCUCUGGAGGGGCCGCAGGGCCCAGAUUCGGUCGACGUCGGAAAUGAUCGGCCGGUGCAGGGAGGAGACUUUCUUCUAUUCCCUGGAAGGCUCCAUCGAGCAGGUACGGGAGCAGACGGGCUUCGAACGUGCCCCGAGACCCGAGACGAUGGUGAAGGCCUUGGAGGAACUUCGUUGCGAACAGGAGGGCGUGGGCGGGGAGAACGGUGACGUGAUUCGGACCAGACAGCGAGGAACUGGAGAUGGAGGAUAA